UGCCACCACAACCGGCUAAUUUUUGUAUUUUUAGUAGAGACGGGGUUUCACCAUGUUGGCCAGGAUGGUCUCGAUCUCCUGACCUCGUGAUCCGCCGACCGCGGCCUCCCAAAGUGCUGGGAUUACAGGCGUGAGCCACCGCGCCCGGCGGCACAGCAUUAUUUAAGGAGCAUCUUAAACACACUUUCUUCCCACAGCAUCAACUAAAAAAGCAGGUAUCAAGAGGGUCUAGGUAGGACGUGCUGAGACCACCUCCAGAGCACAGGCCCGCCAGAGUUGCACUCAGCAGGUGAAGUCUACACUACUCCCAACCUGGAGAGGCAGCGUGAGUUAUACUGCUGGACCAAGGGGAAAAAGACAAAAUGCAGGGCUGAGGGAGAAGGGAAGGACAAGGGAUGUUAAAUGUGGGCGUGGUUUCUUCUGAAUGUCCCGCCCACUCCACCACACUUUGCUUAAAUACAGUGCAAAUUUCCCUACCCCCAGCGGAGGAGGGGUGAAGAUUCGGCAGGUUUUAGGGUCUAGGACCCUGAGCUCCUCCAUUCAUGAAUACCCAAACAACUGUAGCCCACCCUCUCACCACUGCCUAGGCGGGCGAACAGUGUCCUCAGCUAGAUCUCCACCCUUAGGAGCAGGGCACUGGCUGACCCGGAGAACCUGCGCCGCCUCUUCCCAGCCUGCUGCCAGCCCAGUGCACGAGUUGAACGCCGCUGCCGCCUGGCUGGCCGGGGAAGACGGGGAUCUUGACGCAGCGGUGCCUGGGAUACGGCAACAGCAGCACAGGGCAUGGCCCUGCAGCUGGACUGGACGCGGCGGCUGCAGGCAGAGCAGGAAGCGAGCGCAGGCUGGGCAGCGGCGUACGCUUUGGCGGCGUCAGCUUCCGGGGCCGUGGGCGGGGGCGCGCCCGAGCCUCGUGGAAACCUCCCCACCAAGGACCCUGGGAACCCGUGUCUCGGCCCGCUUUGCAGCCUCUGGUUUCUAAAUUCAGCGUCAAGGAGCGGAAACAACCCCCCUGAACUGGGCCCAGACCCUUAAGCUCCUGGAACCUCAGUUUUUCCUUCCGUCGAAUGGCGACAAUGGCUGUCUGAUUGAACGUUAUUUUACCUAGGAAGUUAUAAUUUUAGUAAAUAAGUCUCAGAGUAUUAGCUUGCUAAAAUCCUGCUUUGUCCUGGAUGCAAAUUUAGGCCACGUUAGGGGAAGGGACUUCGUAUUUAAUGUUGAGCACCUGGCAAGCGCCACCUUCGCCUCAAAUUGCCCUCGGACCCUGAUCCAGCACAAGGCCAGAGUUGGGCAGUGAGGGGUCUCGAGAGGUGCAAAGGGGAUUAUUGCACUCUCAAGAGUCCUACGUAGGGGCCUCCUAAGCCUUAGGAUUUGAUCCCUUAUACCGUGUAACAGGCCACCCCUAUUACGCGCCAAACUCAGGCUGCGGCUCUUGGCGCAGCCUCUGUCCCGCCUGAUUUCAGUUUCCAUUUCGCUGCCCUUGGUGCCCCACCGCCCGCGGCUGGCUGGGGAUUUGCCCGGUGAUCAGUGACGUAAAAGAAACUAAGGUUCCUAUUGGAAGGCGGAGUUCGGCAGGAGCCAAUCCUGGGGCUGGUCCGGGAGAAAUCUCGGCGAAGGGCCCCGAAUAGCCGGGAGAUUACGGGGCGGGGACGAGCUGUCGCGCUGGUUGUUCGUGGAGGACUGGGACCCGGAACAGACCGCCGCGAGAGAGGAGGGGCCCGGGCCGGGAUUCGGGGCCCGGAGCUCGGGACCGGAGAAGAAGUCCUCACCAGUGAACGGAGACCUCUCUGAACUGAGGAUACCAUGGCCACAUCAGCCCCACUACGGAGCCUGGAAGAGGAGGUGACCUGCUCCAUCUGUCUCGAUUACCUGCGGGACCCUGUGACCAUUGACUGUGGCCACGUCUUCUGCCGCAGCUGCACCACAGACGUCCGCCCCAUCUCAGGGAGCCGCCCUGUCUGCCCACUCUGCAAGAAGCCUUUUAAGAAGGAGAACAUCCGACCCGUGUGGCAGCUGGCCAGCCUGGUGGAGAACAUUGAGCGGCUGAAGGUGGACAAGGGCAGGCAGCCGGGAGAGGUGACCCGGGAGCAGCAGGACGCGAAGUUGUGUGAGCGACACCGAGAGAAGCUGCACUACUACUGCGAGGACGACGGGAAGCUGCUGUGCGUGAUGUGCCGGGAGUCCCGGGAGCACAGGCCCCACACGGCCGUCCUCAUGGAGAAGGCCGCCCAGCCCCACAGGGAAAAAAUCCUGAACCACCUGAGUACCCUAAGGAGAGACAGAGACAAAAUUCAGGGCUUCCAGGCAAAGGGAGAAGCUGAUAUCCUGGCGGCGCUGAAGAAGCUCCAGGACCAGAGGCAGUACAUUGUGGCUGAGUUUGAGCAGGGUCAUCAGUUCCUGAGGGAGCGGGAGGAACACCUGCUGGAACAGCUGGCGAAGCUGGAGCAGGAGCUCACAGAGGGCAGGGAGAAGUUCAAGAGCCGGGGCGUCGGGGAGCUCGCCCGGCUGGCCCUGGUCAUCUCCGAACUGGAGGGCAAGGCACAGCAGCCAGCUGCAGAGCUCAUGCAGGACACGAGAGACUUCCUAAACAGGUAUCCACGGAAGAAGUUCUGGGUUGGGAAACCCAUCGCUCGAGUGGUUAAAAAGAAGACCGGAGAAUUCUCAGAUAAACUCCUGUCUCUGCAGCGAGGCCUGAGGGAAUUCCAGGGGAAGCUGCUGAGAGACUUGGAAUAUAAGACAGUGAGUGUCACCCUGGACCCACAGUCGGCCAGUGGGUACCUGCAGCUGUCAGAGGACUGGAAGUGCGUGACCUACACCAGCUUGUACAAGAGUGCCUACCUGCACCCCCAGCAGUUUGACUGUGAGCCUGGGGUGCUGGGCAGCAAGGGCUUCACCUGGGGCAAGGUCUACUGGGAAGUGGAAGUGGAGAGGGAGGGCUGGUCUGAGGAUGAAGAAGAUGGGGAUGAGGAGGAAGAAGGAGAAGAGGAGGAAGAGGAAGAGGAGGCCGGCUAUGGGGAUGGAUACGAUGACUGGGAAACAGACGAAGAUGAGGAAUCGUUGGGCGAUGAAGAGGAAGAAGAGGAGGAGGAAGAGGAGGAAGUUCUGGAAAGCUGCAUGGUAGGGGUGGCCAGAGACUCUAUGAAGAGGAAGGGAGACCUCUCCCUGCGGCCAGAGGAUGGCGUGUGGGCACUGCGCCUCUCCUCUUCCGGCAUCUGGGCCAACACCAGCCCCGAGGCCGAGCUUUUCCCAGCACUGCGGCCCCGGAGAGUGGGCAUCGCCCUGGAUUAUGAAGGGGGCACUGUGACUUUCACCAACGCAGAGUCACAGGAACUCAUCUACACCUUCACUGCCACCUUCACCCGGCGCCUGGUCCCCUUCCUGUGGCUCAAGUGGCCAGGAACGCGCCUCCUGCUGAGACCCUGAACCCUGACAUCUGCCCCUGGCCCCACACCCUCAGAUGCUUCACUUCUUUGGAAUUCCAGGACUCUCAAUGGGGGGAAGGGAUGCCUGGCCUGAGCACCUGGAGCAGGGGACCCCAUAUCCACUGGCAGCCACCUCCCCGUCGCUCUGGCCCCCUGAGGUCUCACUCAGUGCUGUUGCUCCAUCUACUGCCCUAAUGGGGCUCUUCUCCCACCUCCUGCUGGUGUCCCGAGGGAACUUCUGACCCUGGAGCCCAUGAGGGCUCCUUUCCUUUUUGACCACUACCUUGGCCCCGGCUCUGCACUCUCUGUGGAGUAAGGGCCUGACACAGCAUUUUCUUGCCCACCGUGGCAAGACCUUGGAAAAAACAGUUGAUUAUGCCUAAGAUCAUUUUGCUGUCCUUAAACCCUACAGGUUCCUUCUUGCACAAAUCCACUCUGGUGCCCGCCUUCCCUGGCGUUUUAAACAGACCGACCCCACCCCAUCUCAGAGUUAAGCAUACACGGCAAUGCUGAAAAUAAACAAUGAAAAUCCACUGAGGCUUCCCAAGCCAUUUAAGGCCUGGAGUACCAGCGCAUAUCAUCUCAUGGGGUCCAGAGUGGAGUCCAGGCUUCUCUGAAACCAGGGCUGAGCAUAUUUCCAUAGCCAAGGAUGUGGGACUUCGUGGAGCUAUCUGUGGUCUUAGAGAAGGAUCCAGACAUACACGGCUUUGGGGUACCAGCUGUGAUCACUGAUCAAUAAAUUAUCUCUGGAUUGGUCCUUGUGGGGGGAGUUUUAAGAAUCCAGAACAUCUUGCUCUUGAUUAGCACAUCCAAAAACACCAAGACAAAUAUCCAGUGGAACAGAACCUCCCCUGCCUGGGGAGUUCCGACCACGGUCCCCAGCAGGGUGUUAAUCCACUGUCCCUGGCCCUACUCAGCCUCCAGGUUCCACUUUGCUAGGAGAGAGUGGAGAUGGGAAGACAGGGAAAGGAAGGCAGCAGGAGGCCACAAGUCCACCAGGUCUUCAUGUCAAGAGAGGGAGUAACGUGUCUCCUCAUUGCCCACGGACCCAGCCUCUGUCCAGGCGCCCCUCAUGGCCACAGUUUAACACAAGCUCCCUUGCUCCAGCCAAAUUGAUCUCCCAGUCUUGACCUUACCCAUUCCAAAUGCUCUGCCAGUCCCUGUUCAUCCAAGUUUUAAGUCCUCCACCCUGUUGUAAGAGACUGUUCCGGGUCUCAGUGGUCUCUUGACCACCAUUGUCUCAGAGCUGCCCACUUUGUGUGUGCCACAUGCUGCCUGAGUCACAUGUACAUCUUAUUUCUGCCUCUAGUUUUGUAAGCUCCUGGAGGGCGGAUAACAUCUUAUACUACUCUUGUAUUCUGAUGGCACCUAGUGCAGUGCUGGGCACAGAGUAGGUGCUCAAUAAAGACCUGUUGAAUGAAC